UUCAUCAAUAAAGUUUUUCGUUUUGCCGAUCAAAAAAAAAAAAACAAGUGUUGGUAACUUCAUUGUUAAUUCAUCAACAAGUUGGAGGGUGAUAAUUUUGAUGGUUCCUUUCACUUUAAAAUGUUAAAGGAAGCAUUGGUAAGAGCGAUCCACGAUAUUAAGAAUAGGUAUACAACAACCAUUAUAGUUAUGGUAGAUGAAAGUGGGGAAGGAAUUUCGGAGGUUGCUACUGGUAGCUAUUAUGGUUGGCUGGCUGCAUCUCAUUCUCAAUCUGUGUGUGAACUAUCUUCUAGAAGGGUAGAUGGUGAUGGAUGGGGCGACUCGCUGAAGAACCUCAUCUACAACAUAUCAGAUUUAGGUCGUUUGUGGCUAUCUACAACAAAAUGGCUGGAGAUUCAGAACAUCUCAGAAGUUAGAGAGAAAAGAAAGUGCUUUCCAAAUGAUUUGGCUUUACAGUUGGUGUACAGACUUUUGACAUGGGCUUCGGAGGACCUGUUAAGUGUUUAUGAUGCUUUGCAGCAUCUAUAUUUCCAAUCUCUGCCUAGAAGAUGUGCACCCGAGAGUUAUCAAUACAUAAAAAAAAAUAUAUAUAUAUAGUGAAGUGUCUAUGGUAGUGUAUAGUUAGCUGGCCUCUUGACAACAUCAUUGUAGUUAAUUGUUUUCAUUGUAGUAUUACUCUAAAACAAAUGAGUACUGAAUUACAUCAAUAAAAAGA